GCACUCCAGAACACACAAACGAACAUGAUGUACAGAAAAUAUUUAAACCCUCUAUUCCAAGCUGAUACAUAAAAACUCUCUCAAAAAAUGCUCAAGAUAUUUUAAAUUCAUAAUUACUGAAAAAAAGGUUUUUCUAAUUUUUUGGGGUGUGAUAUUUUGAAGGUUACUGGAACAGAAAAACAUGGCAUUAACGCUAGAGGAAUUUACUCGCUCACUUGAUCCAAAAACCCUACCAAGAGUAAUACAGAUUCAGUCUGGAAUUUAUUUUCAAGGCUCUGUGUAUGAAAUGUUUGGAAAAGAAUGCUGCCUUCCUACUGGAGAGAUCAUAAAAAUCAUAGGAAUAAACAUUACCAGAUUAACAGCAGAGAUUGAGAAUGAAGCAGGGAGAAACAAUCUCAUUGAACUGCCCCUCGACUACCCAGGUCUUUUCAGGAUUGUAGCAGAUAAACAACCGUACCUUACAGCUGGUGAAAUUGCAGAAUCCAUGCACAUAUCUCCAAAUAGGCUAGGUCAGCCUGUUCUUAGGAGCGCCAAUGACCUACACCUGACUGAUGGCACUAUACAAGAAGGAGAAAGCAUAACCUUGACAUCCUUGACCACAGAAAACGAUGAACAAUUUGUGAAUUGCGAAGUGACAAGAAAAGAUAAGAAGCACACUUUUACACUAUUAAUAUCCCAACAUGGAGAGUUUUAUGAAUGUCAGGAUGAUCAGUUUUAUACACUUCAGGAAAUAAUAGAAUGGAAAAUGCCCAAGGGCAGGAAAAGGACAGUGAACCUGGUGAAGACAUUGCCUUCGAGGGAGUCAAGUUAUUGCGACCUUCCUGAGAAUUUUGAAGGAGAGAUGAUACUCACGCCUGUCUAUGAACUGCAAGCAGUAAUGAAAUUUCGCAGGGAUAUUGUACACAUACCAUUCAACCUUGAUGUGGAAGUUAUAGAUGUAACAGAUAAUUGUGACAUAAACUGUUUUGUGCAGCCACUUUCACCAACUGAUAUCUUCAAAAGACCCCCUGAAGAAUUCCCUGUAGUGGCAGAAAUAAUAGAGAGACCUGAACAAAUUCCAGAAGAACUGAAUUUCCUCAGAUCUUGCAAGCAAGUUAUUAUCCACCAUGCUUAUGAAGCCAAAAGAAUUCUUGCAUCUGAAAUACGAAGUGAUGUUCAAAGGCAUUUUCUGGUCCCUUUGACUUACAAAGGAAAAUUUAAAAGAAGGCCACGUAAGUUUCCUACAGCAUACGACUUAGAAGUUGCUAAGAGAGACAAGGAGCAAUUACAUGUUGUAGCAACAAAAUCUUUUGAAUCUCACUAUAAUGGACUUGCCUCUGUUUCUGUUGGAGAUCAAUUCCUCGUUCAGCGGAGGGAGACGAGUGAAGUUAUCUAUGGUGGGACCCGCAAAACAGUAGAGGCGUUGGCCUGUGAGAAAAUUGAAGGCAAAACGUAUGAACCUGUGCGGAUCCCUAUGUGUAUGGAUGGGGGCUUUGUAGAAGUGAUUCAUGACAAAAAGCAAUACCACAUCUCUGAAAUCUGCCAGAAGUUCCAUUUGCCCUUUAAUGUUAAAGUGUCCGUACGGGACCUCUCCGUCUCAGAAGACCUUCUUGCAGCCGUGCCUGGGCUACAUCUUGAGGAGGAAAUCACUGACCCCUACCUAGUCGUCACACCGACGGACUUGUCUGAGUGCUGGGAGUUCCCCGUGAACCGAACCAAAAUCUCACUGCAGCUUCUGCACAGGCUUGAGAAACAGGUUCGUCUGCCUGCCGCGCAAACAGUAGUAGAAGAAAUCAGUGAAGACUCCUAUUAUGCCUUAAGGAGAUAUGUGAUGGCAACACUGUGUCCCCCUCCACGCCCACCAAAGAAGCCUCCGUCAGAGUUGCUUAAACUAGAGAUACCUCAGUCGCAGAAGCCUGAUGCUCCCAGCUCACCAAAGGGUCAACGUGCAAACCCCCCAAAUGCAGCAAAGCCCCCACUUCCAGCCUCUGUGGAGCCGUACACUGCGACGCCAGAGUGUGAGCUGAAGACGUUGACAGCGUCAUUCCUGACGGACAUGUCGAACCCAAACCUAAAGAAAGCCAGCAGCUCUGAGACAUGCGUGGUGGAAGAUGAUGGAGACGAUGAUAAACAUGAAUAUGAGUACAUCGAUGAAGAUGAAGUUGAGAACAUAAGAAAAAAAAUUCAGGAAAAAAAUAUUAACAUCAUUAGCUGUAAGAAAACUCAUGGUAACCAGUAUGAACAAUCUAUAUGAAAAUUUAAGAAAACCUUAAAUGAUUCUGUAAUAUGGCAACUUUAUUUUUUUCCAUGUCUCAGAAUCACUUUGAAACAAAUGGAUGCUUCAUUUUAGCCUGUAAAGAACUGAGUGAUUGCUUUCUUUUCACUUCAUAGUUAAAUAUUACGUGCCAUUAUAUUAAGGUCACUUCUUAUAUGUAAAUUCUUUAAAUUAUACAGUAAGUAUUUUUUAAAUUAUUUAAAACAAAUCUCAGCUGUAUCACAGAUUGCAGAAGUUUUAACUUUGUAAAACACCUACAGCAAAACAGCUACUGAAGUUGUACAUAUUUUAAAACAAACAUAAAACAUUUGAUGGGUUGUUUAACGUUUUGGUUAAUGAAAGGUAAUGUUGUAUAAGUUAACAGAUUUUUUUUUUUGUACAAGGAACUUCACAAUACACUCUGGUAUUAUUGAGAAGCAAAAUACAUGUUGUAUCUGUCUUUCAUAACAAAGACAAGGCAAGGCACAGAUUCACAAGCAAAAGAUGAAGUAGUGAGAAUGUAUUGGAAAAUGCUUAAGGUGACAAAAAACUAACACAAUACUAUUUUAAGCCAUGUUUGUAGCUAAUAUCCAAACAAUAGUUGUAUUGCUAAUAUUGCAAUACAACUAUUUCUUAUUUUAGGCUGCUGGUUUUACUAUACACAGUUCAUUUGUGGUAUAUUCCUUUUGGUUACUAUGCAGUUAAUUUAUAUUUAAAAAAAAACUUAAUUAAGGAGAAAUUUACCAGAUUAUACAGAUCCACAGUGUGGACCGCAGCCAGGGGUUCACACCCCUGCACUUUCAAAACGUGCCAUGGGAUUUUUCAAAACUCGUUUCGGAGUCUCUUCUGAAAGAUGGCAUUUCCUUCAUCACAGAGUUUCCCUCAGCCGUUCAGUGGAAAUAGUAGUUAUAUCUACUUACUGUAUGUCAGUAACCUGGAUGUCCCUGGAGAUCUCCCAUCCCAGUACUGACCAGGCCCAGCCUUGCUUACAUUAGAGAUUCUGUAAGGGGCUAUUAAACCUUGUCUUUUUGUCUGCAUUACUUUUUUGGUAGCACGUAAAUCUGAGAUUUCUUAUUUUGGAAAACAUUGUUGAGUCAUUAUAUACUUUGUAUUUAAAAAUAUUUUGGUGCAUAGAUAACUGAGAUACUUAUUUUAAUGUCCAUAUAUUGCUUCCUUAUUUACAUAGCUCUAUGUUUUUCAUGACUAUUUAUAUUCAAUACAGUUAAAGAAUGCAGUCCAGAAAUGAUCACAGAACUGUUGUAUUACAAUUGUUUGUAAUCUUUAAUUUCUAAAUUAAAAAUUACAAAAAAUAUUUUUGUAAAUGCAUACUUUCUGUUUACACAAGCAUUUCAAAACUAUAUUAACUGAGAGUUGAAACAAAUAUUUUCUAUUCAUGUAAUAUUUUGCUUGUAAAAUUAUUAAAAUUAAAUUGUUUCAGAUAAUGUGUUUAGUAUGCAUCAAUCCAUUUUCAAAUACUUGUUCCAUCUGAGGGUCAUGGGGGAGUCAAAAUUAAUCCCUGCAAGCAACAGGCGCAAGGCAGGGUACACCCUGGACAGGAUGCCAGUGCAUUAUAGGGCA